GUUUUGGAUUCCGGGGAUGGUGUCACACACAAUGUGCCUAUCUACGAGGGCUAUGCCUUGCCUCAUGCCAUCAUGAGACUCGAUCUGGCAGGCAGAGACCUGACUGACUAUCUCAUGAAAAUUCUUACGGAGAGAGGCUACUCUUUUGUCACCACUGCGGAACGAGAGAUUGUGAGAGAUGUCAAGGAGAAGCUUUGUUACGUGGCUUUGGAUUUUGAAAAUGAAAUGGCAACUGCUGCUUCCUCCUCCUCUCUUGAAAAGAGCUAUGAACUUCCUGAUGGACAAGUCAUCACCAUUGGGAAUGAACGGUUCCGAUGCCCAGAAACUCUCUUCCAGCCAUCCUUCAUAGGGAUGGAAUCUGCAGGUAUCCACGAAAGCACUUACAACAGUAUUAUGAAAUGUGAUAUCGACAUCCGUAAGGAUCUCUAUGCUAAUAACGUCCUCUCUGGAGGAACCACCAUGUAUCCUGGGAUUGGUGAUCGUAUGCAGAAGGAGAUUACAGCUUUGGCUCCAAGUACUAUGAAGAUUAAGAUGAUUGCACCGCCAGAACGUAAAUACUCUGUCUGGAUUGGGGGUUCGAUAUUGGCAUCUCUGUCCACUUUUCAGCAAAUGUGGAUCAGUAAAGAUGAAUAUGAGGAAGCUGGCCCCUCUAUUGUCCAUCGCAAGUGCUUUUGAAUACUUCUAUCAUGUACUAGCAGUCAAAAGUAGUGCUGUCUCUCUACACAUCACCUGCCCUCAUUCACCACUGAGGGUGGUUUGGCUUUCUUCCACAUGUUAAAUAAACCACACUGUAUGGUUG